UUUUGAUCUGAUUAGUUCAAAUAAAAACAGCGAAAUAUUACCUUCCUGUAAGAAACACGUUAGUAGCCGGAAACCAUAUCCGGACAAAAUAUUACUGUUCGUGAGAUUAGGAAUAGUGGACACGCCCACUUUUGUUCCAGACAGGAUAUAAUGACCGGUAACGAUGCUGGCGCAGACUGGCAGGCCGGCCUCUCGUUGGUAGACGCCUGCCGACACAUGCUGACGGAAGGGAUCUCCACUGAUGUCCUGUUCUUGGUUGGCAAGGAGAAAACAAGCGUCUCCGCUCACAAGUUCAUUCUCGUCUGUAGGAGUCCGGUGUUUCAGGCAAUGUUAAGCGGGGACUUCGCGGACGGUCGUGAUCCCAUCGAAGUUCCGGACAUUGACAUUGCCACUUUCAAGUCUUUGCUUGAGUUUAUGUACUCAGAUGAGACAAAGGUUACUGGCGAGAACGUUCUGGCCCUCCUAUACGCCAGUAAGAAAUACGGCGUCAACCAGCUAGUGAAACGUUGUCUCACGUUCCUGACUGACGGACAGACGGUGGACAACGUGUGCUCCAUAUUAGAACAGGCUCACUUCUAUUCAGAGGAAACGUAUAGGAGAAAAUGUGUGGACUUCAUUGAGCGUAAUGCGCCUGAUGUUCUACAAUCUGAUACGUUUUCUGAUCUCUGUAAAGACUGUGCAAGACUAGUGCUGUCAUCAGACGAUUUACAAUGUGAUGAGCAGACGACAUUAGCUGCAAUAACAUCCUGGGCAGAAAAGCAAUGUGAUAAUCAGGGCCUAGAUAAAUCAUCAGAGAAUUUACGUACAGUUCUCGGCGACGUCUUAUAUUUGGUCAGGUUUCCUCUUCUAGACAAAACAUAUUUCACGAACGUUGUAUCAGAAAACUCGCUGUUAAUAGAGACUGAAGUACUGGAAUUGUUUAAAUACUUUUACAAAACAGGAGCUCAAACAAAAGUAUUUGAGACAAAACCUAGAAACAUAAGAGGUGCCAUCUCGGGUAAACGCAGCGGCAAGAAGACGCAUACAAAACUCGCCACUGACGCCAGCCCAGACGACAAGUCCAUUCAGACGUGUGUACGGUUCUCAGCCGUGUGCGAGGACGGCUCCUGGUAUUGUGGCGGCGAGACGGACGCCAUCGCCUUCAGCGUUGAAAGCAAGAUCUGGCUGCACGGGAUACUAGUCUACGGCUCCUACAUCGGCGAGGGAAGCUAUGAUGUCAGGACGUGCGUCUUGGAUAACGCUGACGCCGAACUCGUGAAAAUAAACACGUCCAUUCGAACAACGGAGCAGCAACUCACAUACGUUAUCCUAUUUGAAAACGCGAUUCCGCUGGAAGAAGACAAAAAGUACAUUGUCACGACAAAACUCACAAACGCAGGGGGCGUCGACACCUAUCAGGGGCUCAACGGUAAAGUUAACGUCGACGUGAACAACGUCAGAUUUACGUUUUCGAAAACAAGACACAGUAGGAAUGGGACUGAUGUGAAAAUCGGACAGAUCCCGGGCUUGCUGUUCUCGACCACAGACUAACCUCUGCCGUAUAACAUUUAUUGUGAUUUGACUACACCCGUAUACGGCCAUUCAGUAGUUGUUGUUAAGCGUUGUAUUUUAUUACAUGUUUUAUCGUUAUUAUAUCUCCCACUGUCUUUCAGUUAUAUAUGGAUCUGCCUCACCCCUUGUGUUUUAAAUGACAUGAUUUACGCAUGCCAACGAAUUGUUGUUCCAUUUUGUUAAAAUCGCUUAGAUAGAGAAUAAACACGA